UGAGAGAGAGAGAGUGUAUUUUGAGAAAUGUAAAACACAUAACCUGAAACAAAUAGUAAUAUUUGUCAUAUCUGAUAACAAGAAGAAGCAAAUUAAUAUAUAGGCAUGAAAGAGUUUUUUUUCUCUUACACUUAUUGUAAUAAGUCAUUUGUCUUUACUCAGAGAUAUUGUAAUUGCCCCUAUAUCUCAUUACGUGAAUUCUCUUAUUGGGAAACAUUCCUUUCUAAAUAAUUAUUGUGCUACCAUUCGGCCAUAAUGUUGCAAAAAAUACAUAGGUUACUACAGAUCACGGCUUAUGGACACAAAGUAAGCAGUAGAUAUUUAAACUUUGUUCCAAUUGUAGUGGAACAAAGUGGACGUGGUGAACGUGCAUAUGACAUUUAUUCGCGUCUCCUGAAAGAAAGGAUUAUUUGUCUUAUGGGUCCAGUCACAGAUGUUGUAGCUUCUGCAGUAAUUGCUCAACUUCUUUUUCUUCAGUCAGAAAGCAGUAAAAAUCCGAUUCACUUAUAUAUUAAUUCACCUGGUGGGAGCGUAACGGCAGGACUUGGAAUAUAUGACACUAUGCAAUAUGUUCUUCCACCUAUUUCAACAUGGUGUGUAGGUCAAGCAUGUUCUAUGGCAAGUCUACUUUUAGCAGCUGGAACCAAAGGCAUGCGUCAUUCUUUACCAAAUGCUAGAAUCAUGAUACAUCAACCAUCAGGAGGUGUACAAGGACAAGCUACAGAUAUUCAGAUACAAGCUACAGAAAUCCUUAAACUGAAACAACAGAUCAAUGAACUAUAUGUGAAACAUACUGGACAGAAUUUAGAAGAAAUAGCAAAGAGUAUGGAGAGAGAUAAUUUUAUGAGUCCAACACAAGCUAAAGAGUUUGGAAUUAUAGAUAAAGUAUUGGCCCAUCCUAUGCAAGAAGAAACUGCAGAGACAGCAAUGGAGAAAACGGACAAUGUAUUGAAAAAACCUUAGUACUAUUGAAUAGGAUGGGUACAUGGGUUCCAUUUUAUUGAUUUUAUUUACUUGUGCUUGACUACCAACUCCGUUGGACGUUGCUGAAGGUUUGGCAAAACUAGCCCUUGCCUCUGC